AUGUCUGACCUCAAAGCAACCGUCGCUGAGACCAAGACCUCCUCAGGUCAUGUUGGCUUCCGCGUUGAAGGCUACGAAAAGAUCGAAUAUGACUUUACCUUCAUUGACGGUGUCUUUGACCUUGAGAACUGCAACCUUGCAAAUUGUUACAAGAAAUGGAAGCGAUGCUUAGCCGUUACCGACCUGAACAUUUACAACAUCUAUGGGAAGAAGAUGGAGAAGUAUUUCGAGCAUCAUGGCCUUGAACUCAAGAUACACAAGACCAAGAUCGGAGAGAAAGCAAAGACAAUGCCAACUCUGCUGAGCAUUGUUGAUGCUAUGAACGAAUUUGGCAUUUAUCGCAAAGAGCCCGUCCUAGUUGUUGGCGGAGGUCUUGUCACUGAUGUCGCUGGCUUUGCAUGUGCAGCAUAUCGCCGCAAUACCAACUUCAUUCGAGUUCCAACUACUGUCAUUGGACUCAUCGAUGCCUCUGUCUCCAUCAAAGUUGCCGUCAAUUAUGGUGAAAUGAAGAACAGGUUGGGCGCAUACCACGCACCGAUCCAUACCUUCCUUGAUUUCACCUUCUUGAGAACACUCCCGACUGCCCAAAUCCGAAACGGCUUCGCAGAAUUGAUCAAAAUUUCUACCUGUUCCCACCUGGAUACAUUCAACCUUCUCGACAAAUACUGCGAACAACUCAUCGAGAAGUCAUUCGGUCGUGCUGAUGGCUCUUCCAAGGAGCUCAUAGACGCUGCCGACAAGAUCAACAGAGAAGGUAUCCAUGAGAUGUUGAAGCUCGAGACACCCAACCUUCACGAGAUUGGUCUUGAUCGUGUCAUCGCGUAUGGUCACACUUGGUCACCGCUUCACGAGCUGGUCCCAAAGACUCCAUUGCGUCACGGACAUGCCAUCUCCAUCGACAUGGCAUACUCUGCAACUCUCGCCAAUGAUCGAAAGUUGAUCACUGAUGCUGAGCAUCGUCGAAUCUUGAACCUCUUCUCGCGCGCAGGUCUCUCCAUGGAUCAUCAUCAGUUCGACGAAGAGAUUUUAGCUAAGGCCACUUCAGCUAUUCUAAAGACACGGGAUGGGUUACUUCGCGCUGCUGUGCCAAAUCCAAUUGGUACUUGCACUUUCCUCAACGAUGUCUCUGCCGAAGAGAUGAAUGCUGCUCUCAGGAGACACAAAGAGCUUAUGAAGGAGUAUCCCCGCAACGGAGAAGGUCUCGAAGCAUAUGUCGAUGCUUCUGAUACUGGAUACACCGAGAAUGCAAAGAUGGAGGAGGAGAAGGUCCUUGAAGCGGCUGCUAUGAAAGCGGGAAGUCUCAAUGGAACCAAUGGUACUAACGGUAUUAAUGGUAUGAACGGUGCAAAGACUGCCACCAAUGGAGCCAACGGGACCAAUGGAUUCAGCAAUGGCCAUACAGACACAAAGGUCAAGAACAAUGGUGUUGCGCCGAAUGGCGUGAAUGGCAACGCACUCAAGAGUGUAAAGGUUGCUGACGGUCAAUAA